GACAAAUUGCCACUGUGUGACAGCUAACCGCAACAGAUUCACGUGUAAUUGGUUCAUUCUGUUUUCAUAGUGACGGCAAUUUACAUCAUUUCGAUUUAGUGCUGUGUGGCUAGUGUGGAAAAAAUGCCAACAAUCAAUAUAAAACGUGAUUUAUUGUUCGAGGCAUUGGGCAAAACGUACACGGAUGAUGAGUUCCAAACGUUGUGUUUCGCCUUCGGAUUGGAAUUGGACGAGGUGACAACGGAAAAGCAGAUGUUAACCAAAGAACAAGGUGCCGUCGAAGAGGCGAAAACAGCAUCCGAGGAGAUAAUCUAUCGCAUUGAUAUUCCAGCAAACCGUUAUGAUUUGUUGUGUUUGGAAGGUCUUGUGUCGGCUUUAUUGAUAUUCCAAGGUACACGUCAACCGGAGCGUUUCCUUCGUGUCGAUCCACCGGCUGGUAAAGCACCGCAAAAAUUGAUCAUUUUACCUGAUACGGCAAAAAUUCGUCCAUUCGCUGUGGCAGCUGUGCUGCGUAACAUAACACUUGAUAAGGAUGCGUACGACAGUUUCAUCGAACUGCAAGACAAAUUGCAUCAGAAUAUUUGCCGUAAACGGACUUUGGUUGCCAUUGGUACGCAUGAUUUGGAUACCAUCCAAGGACCAUUUUACUAUGAUGCAAAACCACCGAUCGACAUUAAAUUCAUUCCAUUGAAUCAAACGAAGGCAAUGAAUGCCGUUGAAUUGAUGGAUUUCUAUUCGACGCAUGCACAGUUGAAACAAUAUUUGGCCAUUAUUCGUGAUUCACCGGUCUAUCCAGUGAUUUAUGAUUCAAAGAAUACCGUUUUAUCACUGCCACCCAUCAUCAACGGUGAUCAUUCGAAGAUCUCAGUCAACACGAAGAAUAUUUUUAUCGAAUGCACGGCCACCGAUUUAACGAAAGCCAAAAUCGUCUUGGACACCCUGGUUACAAUGUUUUCGGUACAUUGUGCAAAACCCGGAUCGGUUGAAUACUGUGAAGUGAUCAAUGCUAACGGUGAAACGGUCGUUUAUCCAGAGCUGGAGUAUCGUGUUGAGUCAAUCGAACCAAAAGCGGUUAACGGAUAUAUUGGCGUUGAACUGACACCAGAGGAUAUUGCCAAGAAAUUGACUCGGAUGGCAUUGAAAUCAAAAAUUAAAGCCGAUGGAAAGUUAGAAGUGGAAAUUCCACCCACUCGACAUGAUGUGAUUCAUGCUUGUGAUGUGUAUGAAGAUGUUGCCAUCAGCUAUGGUUACAACAACAUCGAACGAACAUUGCCGAAAUUCACGCAUUUCGCCCGUCAAUACCCAUUGAACAAAUUGACCGAACAGCUACGCGAACAGGUCGCUCAAGCUGGAUUCACUGAGGCGCUCACCUUUUCGCUGUGCUCCCGUGACGAUAUCUCAACGAAAUUAGGCAAGAAAAUCGAAGAAGUUCCAGCCGUACACAUCGGAAACCCAAAAACAUUGGAGUUCCAAGUAGCUCGUACAUGUUUGUUGUCGGGCGUUUUGAAAACAGUCGCAGCCAACAAACGAAUGCCACUACCAUUGAAAUUGUUCGAAAUUUCAGAUGUGGUAUUGGUUGAUGAAAGCACCGAAGUUGGAGCAAGAAACGAACGACGACUCGUUGCUGUCAACUGCAACAAAUCGGCCGGUUUUGAAAUCGUUCAUGGGCUUUUGGAUCGAGUCAUGCAAUUGUUGGAGGUUCCAUGGAAAGGUGAGAAUGGUUAUGUUUUGGAAGCAACAGAAGAUGCAGCCUACUUCCCCGGACGAUGCGCUAAUAUUAAAUACAAAGGGAUCACAAUUGGCAAAAUUGGCGUUCUGCAUCCAACCGUUCUUCAAGCCUAUGAACUCACAAAUCCAUGCGCCGUUUUCGAAAUAACUAUCGAACCAUUUGUUUAAAUUCUCAUUUUUCUUUUAAAUUUGAUUAAUUUAUGCGGAGUUUAAUUACAAAUUAAACUCGAUACAUGUACUUGCUCUCAAAAUCGAUAUAUACCGGCUUUGCACCGAUUUAAUAAACAAAAUUAUCAUCAAUUUUGCAAAA